AGAAGAAGAAUAACUAACCUACCUUUUAGUUGUCAUUAUUUAUCAAAUUUUCUUGUUUUUAAUUUUAAUACAUUUUUUCGUUUUGAAAUAUCAUGUCUUCGAUAGACAGGGUUCGUAUUAUGGUUCUGGGCGACUCUGGAGUUGGCAAAACAUCUUUUGUACACCUGGCAUCUCACAACGAACCCAUCAAAUCCCCCAGUUGGACUAUCGGAUGUUCGGUUGAAGUCAAAUUACACGAAUUCAAGGAAGGUACGAAGGAACAAAAAACGUUUUUCGUCGAAUUUUGGGACGUGGGCGGCAGUAACAAUCACAGAAACACCCGACAGGUAUUCUACAACCCGUGUCACGGUGCCAUUCUCGUUCAUGAUUUAACUAACCGAAAAUCAGAAGAGAACUUGCAGAAAUGGCUUACAGAACUACUGAAUCGCGAAGCAGCCAAUGGAGAUGCGAACCUAAGCGGAGUCUCAUCGGACAGUGAAGAUCUAGACGUAGAAAAUCUACUGGGUGCUAAUAGUUUAAUGCCCAUACUCUUGGUGGGGACGAAAUUAGAUCAGGUAGAUGAUAAACGUUCAAAUUCUGUUAAUAAGAGUUCCAGAAACAGAUAUAAUUCGGAAGAAAUUUUGCUAGACUGUCGGCAAGCAAGGUAUUUAGCUGCUGGUACAUCGAAUGCAGUGAAAUUAUCUAGAUUCUAUGAUAAAGUGAUUGAAAACAGUUUGUAUGAUCGAAGGAAAAACGACAGGUUUGGAACCAACACAGUUGCACCGAUUUUCAGUACUAAAUUUUACUCGCCACAUCAGGAUUAGGAUAAACUAUUUAUGUACCUUAUUAAUAUUGUUAUUGAUAGAAUUAAAGAUACUUUUUAUAUUUUUAUUU